UUAAAAAUACUGACAAAGGUUGCUGCAGAGCUGAGCAAGUACAUGCCAGAAAAAGCAGCAGAGGACACCUCCAGCAUUUUGAGAUCUCCCAUGCCUGGAGCAGUGGUGGCAGUUUCUGUCAAGCCUGGGGACACGGUUUCAGAAGGUCAAGAGAUUUGUGUAAUUGAAGCAAUGAAAAUGCAGAACAGUAUGAUUGCUGCUAAAACAGGCAAGGUGAAAGCUGUGCACUGCAAAGCUGGUGAUACUGUUGGAGAAGGAGACCUGCUGGUGGAACUGGAAUGAAAGGGUGCCUUCACACUGCUGAAUUAGCUAUGCCUUUAUUAUUUCCGUCCGUUAAGUAAGAUUAAGGCAGUUCAACACAGAAGAUGGACAGUCCUAUGCACAAGAAUUUAUACAGUCAUAUUUAUUGUAUCAGUGGUUAAGACAGCAAACACAGAUGUUAAACCUUGGCAACAGAUCCCAGAUUUUUACUUCCAGAAAUACUUGUACAUAACCUUUGUAAUUCUUUGAUUUUUUCAGGAUCAAAUAAAAUCAAUAAAAUACCAUUUCUGAUUUAAAACAGGAA